GAUUUGAAAGUGAAUGAAGCGAUUACUCCGGAACAUCGAAAGAUCGUGAAUGAUCUUUUUACGAAUUAUCAUACUGGAUUGAUUCGCCAUUUGGAGAAGGCUUGUGCUGUGAUGAAUGUCGUACAGAAGAAAGUGAAACGCCAUGAGAGGACAAGGGGUGACGCAACAGUGGAGGAAAAGACGGAGUUGGAAACAGCACGCGCUGAGUAUGAGCGCUUGAAAGCUUUGGCAGCGGAGUUGAGCAGCGCGCUUGGAGUACCGAUGGUUGAGCUAAAAGAGGAGCCGAGCGAUAACGAAGAAGACGAAAUGGCAGCGAUGGAGAUGGAUAAAGCUCUCGCUGAGGGGCAGGUAUCGCUAUGGCCAGACGAUGAGUCGCGUCUGUUCUACGAGAAUUUGAUUGAUAUCAGGAAUAUUGUGCCACGGAGUCUGUACAAGGGCUUUUCGUUCAGGAAUCAGAGGAGCGGAACGAUUCAAGAGAACGAACUGAAGACCUCUGUGGAUGAUAUAGAUGUCGAUGGUCUUGAGGCUGAACCUUCGGAGCGUGAAGGCGAUCCAGAUAUAGGGGAGAAGGAAGAAAACGUAGAUGAGCCGUAUCGGCCAAAGACGCCGCCAUCACCAGCUCAAUUUAAUGAAGACAUGACGAGCGCUGGUGAUGCUUCGCUCAUCACUUCCGAAGAAAUGAAGCAACUUGCUCAGGUAAAAUUCGGUGUGAUUCCCCGUGCGGAGGCAUUAUCGUGCCUUCGGCAGCUGGUAUACGAUUUUCGUGGUCAUUCUGUGGAUAUGGUUUGUGCUAUGAUUGAAACGGCUGGAUUCUACCUCUACCGAAAUAGCGAUAGUCAUCCCAAGAUGAAAAUCAUUCUUGAUGUUGUACAAAAGAAGAAAGAGCGGAUUAAGGACGUUCGUCAC